UUUGAAAAGCCUCUGCAAGUUUUUGGGGGAGAACAAGAGCCUUGAACUGAAAGUUACCCAGUACCUCCUCAAGUACCUCUGGGUGCUUAACAAUGACUUCACUAACACUGAAUAUGAAUACAUAUUCCUGCUUUAUUCGUUAGUAAUUACCUCAAAGAACAUGGUGCCAGUGAACAUGUCUAUUAUGACAGAUCCUUUCAUGGGGAAAUGGAGAGUCAUGCAGACCAGAGAUAGACAUGUUAUCAAUCUCAGAUGAGCAAGGUUCUCCCCAGGAGAAUGCUUCUGUAAUGGCAAGAUGCUCAUGAUGACCAGCAAGCAAAAGAACAAGGUCAAGAAAGACGUCAUACAGAUUUUAUGAAGCGAGUAUGAAAUAUCUUUUCCGAUAAAUAUCGCAAAUCUGAACAUGGAACAAAAGUUAGCAGUACAGUUCUGUAUCCUUGGUAUUGAUACACUCAUUGACUCUCUUAGCCAUGUUGUCCUUGUGAAAGGCUAUCAUACAAGAAAAGAGUGAUACUGCCUCUAUAAAUGCCCUAAAACAAUGAUCAAGUCUAGUGAAGAGCCUAAAGGAGAGACUGAGGAUGAUGUUAAAGUCGAAUUCUUCCUUUCACAAAGAACAAAUGUUAAAGAAGAAACCAAAGUUAAGGAAAAAAUCGAAGUGUCCACUGAAAUUGGAAUUAAAUCAGAAUGAGGAGAGAUAAAGUCAAAGUUGAUGGAAAGCGAUAAUGUCUAUGACCAGGCUUCAAGAGAUGCUUUAUCCCAGAUAAGUACCAUUAAAGACAAUGAGAGUAGCACAAGCGAGUACUUCUCAUUUGGAAGCUCUGCCCUUCCCAGCAAGGGUGGCUCCUCAAAAGACUCCAAACGAAGAGCUAAAAACACCGAGUAGUUAUAUUCGAAGGG